AACUCGCUCGCAUUUGUGUUUGACUUUCGGCAAAAUAAGGCUGAUUUCCAAAUAUCGUGGAUUGUUCUUAAUUUUCUUAAGUUUAGAAGUAUUGAAAUAAUUAUUAAAUAACUUUGUGUUCUUAAUAAUGGAUGUAGCUGAUGCCCAAGUUGGACAAUUGCGUGUUAAAGACGAUGUUGGUAUUCGAUGUCAGAAAUUGUUUCAAGAUUUCCUAGAAGAAUUCAAAGAGGAUGGAGAAAUAAAAUAUAUGAAACCAGUCACUGAAUUAGAAUCCCCUGACCGCUGUACACUCGAAGUUAGUUUCGACGAUGUAGAGAAAUACAAUCAGAAUCUGGCCACAACAAUCAUUGAGGAGUAUUAUAGAAUCUACCCCUACCUUUGCCAAUCUGUAUCCAACUUUGCUAAAGAUCGCAUCGGUUUGAAAACUGAAAAGGAUUGCUAUGUCUCGUUCACUGAAGUGCCCACACGUCAUAAAGUUCGUGACAUGACUACAGCAAAGAUUGGAACACUAAUUCGUAUUUCUGGUCAAGUCGUACGAACACAUCCAGUUCAUCCUGAGCUUGUGUUUGGAACAUUCAUGUGUCUCGAUUGCCAAACUGAAAUUCGUGGCGUGGAACAGCAAUUUAAGUUCACUAAUCCAACAAUUUGUCGCAAUCCUGUGUGUUCUAAUAGACGACGUUUCAUGUUGGAUGUCGAAAAGAGUCUAUUCAUUGAUUUCCAAAAAAUCCGAAUCCAAGAAACACAAGCUGAACUCCCUCGAGGUUGUAUUCCGCGUUCGGUGGAAAUUAUUCUGCGUUCGGAAUUGGUGGAGACCGUUCAGGCGGGAGAUCGUUACGAUUUCACUGGCACACUAAUUGUUGUCCCGGAUGUAGCUGUGUUGAACAUGCCUGGCGCAAAAGCAGACUUGGGUUCGCGACACAAGCCUGGGGAAGGUCAGGGAGAUGGGGUUCGUGGUCUGAAGGCUCUCGGAGUACGUGAUUUGAACUAUCGUAUGGCAUUCCUUGCAUGCAGUGUUCAGGCAACGACAGCGAGGUUUGGUGGAACUGAUUUGCCAAUGAGUGAAGUAACAGCUGAGGACAUGAAAAAACAGAUGACCGAUGCCGAGUGGAAUAAAGUUUACGAAAUGUCCAAAGACAGAAAUCUAUAUCACAAUCUGAUAACCAGUCUGUUUCCAGCAGUGUAUGGGAAUGAAGAGGUCAAAAGAGGAAUUCUAUUGCAGUUGUUCGGUGGCGUCGGAAAGACAACACAUGAGAAAACAACCCUUCGUGGCGACAUUAACGUCUGCAUUGUCGGGGAUCCCAGUACAGCAAAAUCGCAGUUCCUUAAACAAGUUGCUGAUUUUUCCCCACGUGCCGUUUAUACAUCAGGGAAGGCUUCAUCUGCCGCAGGUCUCACAGCUGCUGUUGUCAGAGACGAAGAAAGUUUUGAUUUUGUUAUCGAAGCGGGUGCGCUCAUGUUGGCUGACAAUGGAAUCUGUUGCAUCGAUGAAUUCGAUAAAAUGGAUCCUCGAGAUCAAGUAGCCAUUCACGAGGCUAUGGAACAACAAACUAUAUCACUUGCAAAAGCCGGUGUCCGUGCCACUUUGAAUGCUCGUACAUCAAUUCUAGCAGCUGCUAAUCCCAUCAAUGGUCGUUAUGAUAGAAGCAAGUCUUUACAGCAAAAUAUUCAGCUGUCGGCUCCAAUUAUGUCGCGUUUCGAUUUGUUUUUUAUUCUCGUUGAUGAAUGUAAUGAAGUUGUGGACUAUGCAAUUGCAAGAAAGAUCAUAGACCUUCAUUCAAACAUAGAAGACAAUGUAGAGCGUAUGUACACACGCGAAGAAGUACUUCGUUAUAUCACUUUUGCCAAACAGUUCAAACCCAUUAUCAAUAUGGACGCAUCCAAGUUAUUGGUUGAAAACUACGGUCAUCUGCGUCAGCGGGAUACUGGGAGCAGUGGUAGAAGUACAUGGAGAAUAACAGUACGGCAGCUUGAGAGUAUGAUCCGCCUGAGUGAAGCAAUGGCUAAAUUGGAGUGUAUGAAUGAAGUGCAAGUACGACACGUCAAAGAAGCGUUCCGAUUACUUAAUAAGUCUAUUAUUCGUGUUGAACAACCGGACAUUCAUUUAGACGACGAUGAAGAUGUGGGAAUGGCUGAUGUGGACAUGGAGGAAGAAAAUGGCAACCCUGAUAACGAAAAUGGAACUGAACAAAUUGAAAAUGGUGACGAAAAUACUCCCACUGUUCAAAAGAAAAAACUAACUUUAAGUUUCGAGGACUACAAGCACCUCAUGACGAUGUUGGCUUUGCAUAUGCGCAAAGAAGAAGCUCGAUGUGAAAUCGAAGGCACUGAUAGUGGCAUGAAACGAAGUGAAAUUGUAGCAUGGUACUUGGAACAAGUCGCGGAUCAAAUCGAAUCUGAGGAUGAGUUAAUCUCGCGUAAAAACCUGAUUGAAAAAGUAAUUGAUCGUCUAAUUUACAAUGAUCAAGUUAUCAUUCCAUUAAAGACAACGGAGCUUAAGUCAAGUGGGAAAGGAGUUGAAGACGAGGAGGAAGAAGAUGAUCCGCUUCUUGUAGUGCAUCCUAAUUAUAUUGUUGAAUAGGAUGAAAACUAACAAUAUAUUUUAUUUUUAUUUAGUUAUAACAUUCGUUUCAUUUUUAGAUUUUUCUUUUCCUAAUAAAAUGUUUUUUUUUUAUAAAUAAAGGUUUCUGUCUAUGAGGAA